AUGUCAUGUUAUAAUACUUUUAAUGUGACUCAAGUUGAAUAAAUAAUAGCUUGUUUUGUAGUUCUAACUUAAAAUCGAUUUAAAACUGAUGUAACAAUAGAUAAUUAUUGUUUACGAUCGAAUUUCUCCUUUCAUCCAGCCAUGGAUACGCCAAGAACAAAAAACGCUUCAGAAGGAAUUGCACCUAUGGGCAUAUCAUCCCUGAAUGAGACGGUAGCAGAACCUGAGUCCAGGUAUGAGUGUCCAGUAUGCCUUAACUGGCUUCGUGACCCAGUGAUCACCACUUGUGGUCACAAAUUUUGCAAAAGCUGCAUAACUUCAUGGUUACAAAAUAGUGGACACUGUCCUAUAGACAACAUCAAUCUGAGCAUGAAAGUGGACAUAUUUCCUGACAACUAUACUAAGCGGGAAAUACAGGAACAGAGGAUGUCCUGUCCUUUUGCUUCUAAGGGUUGUUCAGUAAAAGUGACCCCGUUAGAUUUGGACGCGCACAUAGCCUCCUGUGAGCACAAUCAGCCUCAAAGCUCCAGCCAAUGCGUGCCGUGCUCCUUCCAACCCGUCGGCUGUAAGGAGCAAUUCAGCAGCCAGGAGGAGGCCCAAGAGCACCUCGAGAGGGACACCAUGACGCACAUGAGCUACCUCAUGAAUGCCUAUUCAGAGAUAAAGAUAACCAACGACAUGUCAAAUGCGAACAUCGACCCGAAAGAGCAGGAAGCUAUGUCGUUAUGGGCGCCAGACAAGGACGGCGAGAGCAAGCCCCCUCCGCUCACUAACACAAGCGCGCUCAUCCGAGCACUAUACGAACGAGUAGUUGUAUUGGAGCAAAGAAAUCGCGAGCAAGACAUCGUGAUAGGCAAUAUCUCGAAGCAGCUUUCCGCUUUGACCGUCGCCAAACGAAAGCAGAACAACGAAAUGCUUCUACGAUACUGCAUGGGCAACUAUAUAUGGAGGAUCGACAAUUUCAAAGCUAGGUUGGACGCUAUGCUAAAGGAUCAUUCGAAAAUGCUGUACAGUCCAGGGUUUUACACCUCGCCCAAUGGUUACAGGUUCUGCGUCCGGCUCAACAUAUCUCCUCAGAACCCGCUCUGCUUCGCCCUGCACGUGCACCUCAUGAAGACGGAGUACGACGAGUGCCUGGAAUGGCCGUUCAACGGGCGCAUCUCGUUCUCCAUGGUGAACCAGUACGAGCCGGAGCUGACGCAGCGCGACACGAUGAUGUCCAACUCCAGCCUGAUCGCGUUCCGGCGGCCCGCGGCCGAGAUCUGCCUGCGCGGCUUCGGCUACACGGAGUACGCCGUCGUCAGCGACGUGGUCAGGAAUGGCUUCGUCAAGGACGACUCCCUCGUCUUCAGAGUGCAUAUCAAGUGUGUAUGACAUGAGGAUUGACUUUUUGGUUCUUUAUUUUUUAUUAAGGAGAUUCUUGGAUUGCAUGAAAAGUAUUCAAAUAUUAGCAAGUAUCUAAAGAAGCUUAGGCGCGUGCUUUUAGGGUUCCGUAUCAAAAAGAUACAAAACGAACCCUUAUGGUGCGACUCUGUCCGGCAUCCCUACCAUUGGAGAUAACCCGGUAAGGAUAGGUGGAACAGGCGGUCCGUCCGUCUGUCUGUCUGUCACAUCGCUAAAUAUCUCGAAAACCACUUAAGCUAUCGAUUUGGAAUAGUUAUGAACAACGCUAACCCAGACACAUUGAAAGUAUUAUUUUAUUUUUUAAUUAAGUAUAGGAAAUGCCCAAUAUGAAGAGGGGGCAAAAUUUCAGUCUAGUGACUAGGUCAAGUGGGGUAUCAUUUGAAAGAGCUGAUGCUUGUGCUUUCCAAAACAUUUUGUCUUUUUUUUUUCAUAGAAAAAAAAAUUGAUUUAUGGAGGAAAAUGUGAAAAAAAAUACCGUUGAAAUCAGUUCACAUGAUAGAGAAUUAUCCUCGGAAAACCAACAUACGUGGGUAGUACACAAAUACACUAAGUAUAGGUACUUCUGUUCAAAAGUCGUUCGCAUUUAUAGUUACACGAGAUAAUUCAGUUUGUACGGAACUCGCACUUGACCGGUUUUAUUUAUGAAUAGAAUAGAUGAAAAAAUGUUUAUAUCAUGUUAUCAAAUUUACUUAUUGAUGUUUAUUAUUCGGACUGAAGAAUGACUUUUGUAAGUUCUUAACAUAUUCAUUGGCAGCGACCCACUGGCGGGUUCGUUGUUCGCAGGCGCUUUUCGCUACAUACGGGUCUUCCCGUGUUAUCGGCUACGCUCCUAGCGCAUCCUCGGUCAGUGAAUAUGUUAGUUUAUAACAUUCCGUAUAGGAUUAUUGUUAAGUGUCAUUUACAUACCUAUUAUUAUACUUACGGGAAUAUGUUAGUCUUAAGAUUGCUCCUUAUUGAAUCGUAUAUCCAGUAAUAUAAUGGUACCGUCCUUGUAACACGUCCGUCCAAAUAUUGAAUUAAGUAUUUUAUACUUUAACAAAUGUACUUAUUUUGUAGUCAUAUGUUAUGACAUUCCCAUGUUAACCUCUCAGUCUUAUUAAGUAUACAUUCGUUUUUAUUUUAUAAUUUCUUAUUUAAUUAAUAUUUUAUCAUGUUGUUACAUGCGUAAAUGUACUUAUUUAAGUUAUUCAUUGCGCUUGAUUAUGUAAUAAAAUAAAACCAUGAUCAAUAAGUUUAUACUUUUAUUGGUAUGAUGGUGUGAAUGUCUUACAAAAUAACAAAGUUUACCUUACAGAUACUCCUCAUAGUAAAAUACAGCUUAGCAUGUAUAAAAAUACAUCUAGACAUUGUUAUUUAUAUCUAGCCUUACAUAAUUUAUGUUUUGGUUACACUCAAACCUGGCCACUAUAUAAUUACUACACCAAAGUUAAGCAACAUCAAUUUUCAUAAUGUACUGUUUUUUCAAAUGGUGAAUAAUAAUCAGAGAACCGUUGUGCGACAAGAACAGAACAUUUGAAAACGAUGAACAAAGUCAAUAAACAUAACACGUAAAGCCUA